AUGGUGGGAGACAAUUUGCUUCCCCAAAAGGAAGCAGUAGCUUUAAUGCAGAACAACAAUAUUGGGAAAUUGAGGAUUUUUGAUGCACAGCCUGAUACACUAAAGGCCUAUACUAAUUCUGGCAUUGAAAUUAUUGUGAGAGUCACUAACGAUGAAUUGCAGAACAUCUCCUCCAGCCAAGAAGUGGCAGAUAAGUGGGUCAAGGACAAAAUUCAGGCGUAUUAUCCUGCCACCAAUAUAAAAUACAUUUCUGUGGGCGACCAGGCUCUGGAAAAGCCUGAGUAUGGAACGUAUGUUCUUCCGGCCUUGAAUAACAUUCAAGUUGCUUGUUUGACAACUCCACAUUGUACACAAUCUCUAAUGAAGUGA